AUUCUGGAAUCCAAGACAAGCACGGUAUGGUUGCCCCUUUUGCCUGUGUUUACAAACAAGUCGCACAUUUUUAUUUGUACAUCUUGCGAUCCGAUGCACGGUAAACAAGUCACGCAAUGAACAACAGCAGGCCGUUUUUCCACAGGUUGGUUCACCUUGAUUUAAAAGGUGCAGCUUUCAAGGUAUCUUUCUACGAGCAGUUACUUCCAUUCCUGAGAAACAUCGGAGCAACCGGUGUCCUCAUCGAGUACGAGGACACUUUUCCCUACGCCGGCGACCUCGCCGAUCUCAAGCACCCAGAAGCCUACUCGCAGGAAUGCAUCCUGCACAUACAGCAGAUCGCCAAGCUCUCCGAUCUCAUAGUUGUGCCUCUUGUACAGACUUUCGGCCACUUGGAAUUUGUCCUGAAGCUCCAAAAGUUUCUCGAGUUCCGAGAGAUUUCACGGUAUCCAAACGUCCUCUGCCCAUGCCAUCCAAAGUCGCUAUCUCUCGUGGAAGAGAUGGUUUCGCAAGUCAUCCAAGCUCACAGCGACGUACAAUGGUUCCAUCUGGGUGCCGACGAGGUCUGGCACCUCGGCCAGUGCAACCGCUGCAGGACCGUGAUGGCCGAAGAACAGUGGAGCAAGGACCACCUGUUCGUCGACUACGUUGCCAAGCUGGUGAGGACAUUGCAGAAGAGGUACCCCAACGUCCGCUUCAUCAUUUGGGACGAUAUGAUGCGCGAAAUGGAUCCCCAAGUCAUUACAGGGUCUGGAUUGAACACCCUUGUGGAGCCGAUGGUCUGGCACUACUUCCCUCAAUCAGAGUUCAGACUCAAACAAAAUCUGUGGGACAAAUACCUGGCGAUGUUCCCGAAUAUCUGGAUCACCAGUGCGUUCAAAGGAGCCACGAAGAUUAAUCAGAUGCUCACACCAGCUUCGUUCCACAUCAGCAACCACGAAGCAUGGAACUGCGUCCUCAUGGAAAACGUACAGCAUGCAAGCUCUUUCAGGGGCAUUGCCCUCUCCGGAUGGCAAAGGUUUGACCACUUUACGAUGUUGUGCGAGCUCCUGCCAGUGGCCCUCCCGUGUCUGGCUCUGUGCCUCAAGACCGUCAUAGAAAGAUCAGGCCUGACAGCAGAGGCCUGCAACGACGUUGCGCAGGCCAUUGGCCACUAUGGAAGCAUACCGUUGGACGUUUACCCAAGGCCUCGUGCCGUGCCCCCGGCACCCAACUUUCCCGGGGGCAACCUUUACGUUUCGGUCUUGCACCUGGCCAACGUCAUGGCAGAGCUGGAGCAGGUUCUUGCAAAUCCGAGCGUCCAAGGCGGGUUCCACGAGUACCUGGUGGCCCACAAUCGGACGAACCCACUGCACGUGGACCAGUUCAUCAACACCGCACGAAAGCUGCUGGUGAAUGUGGAAGCACUGUACAGGGACAUCACCAAGGAGCUUUCGGAGAUAUAUCACCAGGGCACUGUGGAGGAGUGGCUGUCCACGUACGUCAGUCCCUGCCGCGAGAAACUCAAGAAGCUCGUGAGCGACGCCGACCUGCAAAUUGCAGUCAACGUGCCGGUGUGAUAGACGCAUUGGCGAGCGCCACCCACGUCCCGGCACCGUGACACGGAUGUGCACGUUCAACACGACAUGCCGUGCCCCUUAAACUGUGGUCGUCUCCCCCUGCAAAGCGACGUUCGCUUGUCCGAGAACCUGCCGCAAAAAUUAUAACCUCGCGCGACGGUGGUAGUGAAAACAGCAUUUUUUCCGCUUGGGGUGAAAAUCGGGUCGGUUUGAGUCGUUAAGAAUGGCUUCCUUCGUAAUGUAAUACUGUUGAGAAGCCACCAUAUUUGUAAAAAAGUUGCCAUGUGCAAAGGGCUAGCCUGCCUAGUAAACUACCCAUCAAACAUAAAACUUUUGCCAAACACAAGGGUUUGUAAAGUUCUGCCAUAGCUUGUCUCAUUGUAGCUACCCUCUUCUUUUAGUUAAACGUAACUUGUGCAUGCCAUGGGAUAGUGUUUCUCUGCUGGCUAGAGGUGGGCACCCACUACUUUUGAAGUAGUCGGAAUUACCGAACUACUUUUAAAGCAAUUAUGAAAGUACCUGCAUAGUUUGUUAGCUGUAAUGUGGUUCAAAGGACAACCUGCAGUUUUCACUCCAGGCUCCUCCCUUUCUGUGACCGAGCGACCCAAAUUCAAGAAAGCUCCAUCGAGUCUCCCAAAAUGUUGCUUUUGCAUCUGUCUUGCCUCCUUCUCCCGUUGCGGAACAUAAAUGGGGAGAAAGCAAAAAAUGUUUAGCCUUGCUGAAGAGAAGUCAGUCAGGGUUAUUUAUAGUACCGUACUUCAAAAGUAGAUGCCUGUCUCUGCUACUGGGAUCGCCUGUGGCAAUGCAACUGCUGUGCAGAAAAAGCCAAGUCACUAGUCACUAGUGAGAAAUAUGUCAUUUGUCAUUAAAAAUAAAAGAAGCUGAAGCGUGCAAAGAAUGUUAUGUUUGCAAGGUUCUUGUAGGCAAGCACAAGUUAAUCCUCUGCGCUCGGGCAUUUGCGUUAAGAGUUCCAGCUUAUUCUCAAAAACGAGCUACCCCAAAAUGAGCAGAAAUUCGCAGAACUACAAAGGUACACGACAUAAAGCCAACGCCUAAAUCGAGAGAAACAUGCUGCGGGUUUACGACAGUGAAGCAACUUUAGAACACGGCUUUCUUUCUGUUUCCACAUAAUAUCCAUUUUUUGUGACUGACAUCUCUGUUUACUUGUGCUUGCCUGGUAUGUAUGUAUUACUACCACCGGCUGCAAUUAAAUAAAUUAAACGUGUACAGUC